AUGUGGUUACCCGAGUGGCUUCCGCUGUCGGCGGAGGAGGCCAAAGCGGUGUUGGCGACGCUUGCGAUGUCCCUGAUCUUUCGCUUCGUCGCCGAGCUGCGGUUCAUUCCGUCGCUCUCCAUGUACCCCACGCUUGACGUGGGGGACCGAAUCGUCGCAGAAAAGGUAAGCCAACCUGUUUCGAUGAAGCCUGAGGUCGACGAUGUGGUCAUCUUCAAGGCGCCCAAGGCCCUGAAGAAGCAUGGCUACAGUGAGGGAGAGGUGUUUGUGAAGCGAAUUGUUGCCACUGAAGGAGACUUGGUGGAGGUGAAGGGGGGGCGGCUGUUCGUGAAUGGCGUUGAGAAGGACGAGGAUUACAUAUUGGAACAGCCUACCUACAACAUGGAGACCCAGUACAUUCCAUCUGGCCACGACAUGUCCCUCGGGGGGACCACAGGCGACAACACGCGCCUGCUCGGGAAGGCGCCAGAGGAGGAGGAGGAGGAGGAGGAGGAGGAGGAGGAGGAGGAGGAGGAGGAGGAGGAGGAGGAGGAGGAGGAGGAGGAGGAGGCGAUGCAGGCGGAGGGCGUGCGGGAGGUGGCCGUGGCAACUGGCCUGGAGGUGCUGUACCAGGAGACCCCCAACUACCGCGGAGCGGCGGCCGAGGCUGACCGCAUGAUCGAGCCUAGGGAGACGGCUAGGCAUGCCUGGCGAGUGCCAGACCUGAGAGUAGAGCCUGUUGCUAGUGCGCCAGAGGAGGCGGUGACCGAGGGGGGUUAG